AACGAUUAUAAACAAAAAAUGGAUCUUUUGAAUAAAGGAGUUGACAUGCUACGUAAACGCCGAUCGACGCUCACUCUACGGCGGAAGAGCAAAGAACCUUCCAGUGCCGCCUCUUCACGGCCAUCCUCCAUCUCAAAGACACCCAGUAUUUCUAGCAGUAUCACCAGUGACGACGCCAGUGACUGGUCUCAAGGUACUUGCUCAGGUCACGGCAUGGGUAUCAGUAGCUGGAUGACCCCAAUCAAUCCUCCAACCAAAGACGACACAGAGCUCAAUACAUCACGUUAUGAAGAUGACUAUAUUGCGCCUGCUUCUGCCUUGUCUAAAUACGAUUAUCUUGCCUCCUCUCCUUCCCUCGCUUCGCCCCUUUCACCCAUUCCUCAACCUGUCGAGGAAGAGUCCUAUUUCACUCAACAUACCGAUACUGUCACUUCCACACCUUCCUCCGAAUCGGUACCAGCUACACCUGCUUCCAGCACCGCAGUUUCGGUGGCCAGCGAAAAAGUCCCUCCUCUUGCGCAUCCCAAAUCCUCGUACACUCCUCGCCCACGUCUCGUUACCACCAAAAGCAGCAAUGCCAUUCCUCGCACGGUACGCCGCAAACGACCUCACCGAAAACUGCACUUGGACGACUUCAUCUUGAAAGAGACAUUAGGCACCGGAUCGUUUGGUCGAGUCCACCUGGCUCAGUCCAAAUUCAAUAAAAAGCAUUAUGCCAUUAAAGCCCUUGACAAGUAUGAUGUCGUCCGCCUCCGUCAGGUCGAGCAUACCAAUAAUGAGCCCACCAUUCUGAAAGAAAUCUCGCAUCCUUUCCUCGUGAAUCUUUGGGACGCAUUCCAGGAUGACACUCAUUUGUUCAUGGUCAUGGACUAUGUUCCCGGCGGUGAACUGUUCCGUAUCUUGCGCAAACAAAAGAAAUUCUCUGAAUCAGUGGCAAAAUUCUAUGCAGCUGAAGUGAUUUUAGCUCUUGAAUAUCUUCAUUCGCAGAAUAUCAUUUACCGUGACUUGAAGCCCGAGAACAUCCUGCUGGAUGGGAAGGGUCACGUUAAGCUGACCGACUUUGGUUUUGCCAAGCGUGUCGAUGAUGUGACCUGGACGGUGUGCGGCACUCCCGAUUACCUUGCUCCAGAGAUUAUUCGAUCCAAGGGAUACAGCAAAGCCGUCGACUGGUGGAGUCUAGGCGUACUUAUUUACGAGAUGCUGGUUGGCGCACCACCUUUUGUCGAUAAGAAUCCCGUCGCUCUGUAUGAGAAGAUUCUCGAUUGCCGCGUUACAUGGACUGACGAUAUCUCGCCGGUGGCCAAGGACCUCUUAAUGGGGCUGUUGACUCCGGACUUGACUCGCCGUUACGGCAAUCUCGAACACGGCACCCGCGAUAUCAAGGACCAUCCCUGGUUCGCCGAUAUCGAUUUUCACCAAGUUUUGCGCCGAAAGACCAAACCGCCCCAUACUCCCGAUAUUAAGGACGAUGGUGAUACUGCCUGCUUCCAACGCUACAAGGAACCUCAACAUCCUUACGGUCGUGUGCGCGGCGAUCCUUACCGCUCCAAAUUCCCAGCGUUCUAAGAAAAAAUCCUUCCUGCACUUAACAUUCAUUUUUUUUGUAUAUUUUCCCAUCAUCUUCAAGCCAUACCACAUGAACCUAUGCAUUCAUAUUACUUACAUACCCCUCAAUGCGCUUUCUAACAGUUCAUUAAUAUAACGUCAGUGUUCAAAUAAUAAAGAAUAAAAAAAAA